CAAAGGAGGUGAUGAUGCGGACAAAGUGUUGAGAUGUAGAAAAAGCGAAGACUGAUUAGCUGUCGGCGUUGGUCGGCGAAUCCGGAUUUGAUGGAAAAGAGAGCGCUUAAGGGGAAAGAUGAUCCGGGAAGGAUGGCGUGAGGAUGUGUUUACAGAGGAUCGAUGGCAACAGCCCGUGUCACAUAGCAUAGAGACUAUGUGUCGGGUCGUCCUCUUCGGAGCUUGCUUCAUAAACAACAUCCGGACGUCACCACUUCUUACGUGUUGGAUCUGUCAAAUGAGAAGUUACUGUACGAGGUGAAAUGAAGGACGAUGCAUAAUUGCAUCGUAAACCAUAGUAAUGUUCCGCAUUCAUUGCAUCGCUGGAUGGCGCAGACUCUCCAAUGACCCUACGAGGAAGAAAGGGAGGAAGCAAGAUGUAUAAGGAAGGAAAGUCCACUACAUCUUCCAUCCUGCGCACGGAUCUCCAGACACUCCCCUCUUAAUGUCAUCGGAUCAGUAUGCGUUGUCAUUCCCCUCUCCAUCAUCUCGCUCGUCUCAGACACAAUGUCUAAUUCCGAUACAUCCCAAGCCCUUAUACUGUGGGAAAUUAAUCCUGGCCAACCUCUUGUAGCGGCCUCUUCAAUUGCAAAUACCUCCUCUGCGUCCCUCACUGAUCUGAUAGAGCCCUUGAAGAAGCAGGAAAAAGAAAAUCGUACAACCUAUGCUACCUCGAUAGGCCCUACAGAUAAUCAGGAUGAUGGUCCAUCAAGCACUAAUCGAUGGGUAAUAAACAAAGUAUUUUCCGAUUCCUUCACUUCUCACUUGCGCGUAUGCACCCAAGAGCCAUAUAUUCUAGUCCCUAUUCAAUCGGGUGACGUGGCACGACGAAUCUACCAUCCCUUUUGGAAGGAGCAGGAAGGACUACUCAACAAGUCCCGGUGUGUUCAAGGGGUCCCACUCCCCUUGCUCGGGUCUAAGAAACGUCGCCGAGAGCUGGAAAACCCCUUCGUGGCAGCAGACACAGCGAACACAGCGAACACAUUUGCUGACCCUCCAGCGGGACCUUACCAUUCCAUGGCCCUCAUAAAGCGACCGCGGCUUACUCUUGUCCACGUGCCGAAACCUGAUUUACGUCAAAAUCACCAUGGCACGGUCAAGCCUUUCCAUCCAGUCUCCCAUCCUUGGCCCAUUGACCAAAAGGGCGAUCCCGUUUUCAUACUCAAUCAGGAAUUCCGCCGGCACCUAUGUUACUCUCUGAUCCUUCCCACCCCAGCUUUCUUUCAGAUACAUUACCCUCAAGCAUCCGCAACUAAAUGCAUAGCUCAAAGGCAACUUUCGCGAACCUUCCUGCCGAUUGCCAACUAUAAAUACAACCCGAACCGACUCAUCACCUAUCACAGUGGGAUUACCAUGGCCACCGACAAAGCUGCAACCCAAGGACAAGGAGCCGUUGCCAGAUUGUCAAAUUACGCUAAUCCAGCCGAUGAAAAUCAAGUUCAAGAUCCUCUUUCUAUCAUACAGCCCAUAAUAAUGAGACACCUUGUCUGCCCGACAUCUCAUAGCCCAUCACCCACCAUCGUCGAGCACUCGCACCAUGAGUUCAUGAUGCCAGAGUAUGAUAACCCUGUCAUAGAUGACUAUGAUGUGAUGGAGGUCAGAAGCGAAUAUGAUGGAGAGCUCUGCGUUAUGCCGCUCGAGGAUUCCGAUGCAAACUAUCAGACGCUUGCUCAAGAGCAGAGGUCACUGGCCAAGGCACCGAAGAAGCGUCCUCUCGUCAACAGGAUCACGCUCCGGCCCAGAUCUCCAUCUCCUGACGUCUUCCUUUCAGAGGCACAAGGUGAGAAUCCCAAUAAGCAUCGGCGUUCAAGUGAGGACGAUGAAAUUAUCGAUUCAUGCGAAGGGCAAUGGAGGGUAGGAAGAAUCCCUGGGCAUCAAGGGUUCCAUUCAAGGUCCGGGAGAAAAGUGAUUGGAAGUGAUUCAGAGAGCAGCGGGCAAAAAAGGUCUUUGAGUCAGAGCAUCUCGGGACAGGCCGAACGAGUUUUGAAGAAACCAUUCCGCCCACCGACUCGCGUAAUCCUCCCUAAAGCUUCGCCCAAGCCAUCGACAUCUCCUCUCGCAGGUGGCAUACCAGACUCUACACCCAGCAAAGACAUCACCUCAACUCCCAGUACCUCUGCCUCCGAUUCCACUUUAACCGAUAGCACACUGAAUUCGCAGGCAAAGUGGACACCAUCUCAUCGCUCCUCCAAAUUAACAAGGCCGUUCAAGACUCCUAUCAGAUCUGAUCGCUCUAGCGCUCCUUCUCCUUCUACUUCUUCCUUAUCAUCUACUCACCGAGGCCAUCAAGCCACAAUACUGACUGUCCAAAACGAAGUGAUGCUGUUGAAGAAAGCAGCCAAAUAUGAGAACGACGAUUCUGCAGGGCGUUUGGAGGAACUGAUAAUACAGUGGCGCAAUGCGGGUCGUGAAAUGGUGGAACGCCUUUUCUCACUUAUUCCUCGACCUUUAGACGACGGUCUUCUCCAGACUUCGUCCGCCUAUGCUCCCAAUGCUUUCUCGUCUGGUUGGUAUGAGGGUCCUUCAACUCUUGAACUCACUCCCGAACAACAGGAUUACUUGGCAAAAGCACCUCUGAACAAGGAUGACGAGCCAGUGGAUACUGAGGGGAAUCUGCUGUUUGAAAACGAAGGAGAUCAGGAUGUAGUGAAAUAUCUUCAAAAGUUGGAAGAAAAUAAGACGUACGCGUUCAAAGAAAGCUCUCAGGUGAGGAGAACGCCUAUGGAUGAGUCAGACGUGGACGAUUAUUCAAAUUGCAGAAAUGCGGAAGAAUCGUCGUCCAACGAGUGGAAUUAUGGGAGCCUCAUGCGCGGACUCGGUGUAGACCCACCACUGCUGGGCUGGGAUGCCUGCGCUGAGGACUGGAUCGACUUUUCGUAGAAGCCCAAAGAAAAAAUAAUUAUUGGGCUCGUCCAGCCUUUCGUCUGACACUAAGCCCAUCUGUUGAAACAUCUUUAAUGAAGUUUCACGCAACUGAACGAUUUUUAAUAACAUGUGGAACGCUUAUGUCCCUGUACAUAACGACAAUUAUAUUGUAUAUUAGAUGCUCAUGGAAAUCAAAAGCUCAUG